AUGGAAGCCGCAGCUGUCUUGCCUAGAUGCCUCCAGCUGAGGCUGCUGCUGGUGCUGCUGCUGCUGGUUUUGCUUCGGGCUGGUCCUGUGUGGCCCGACAGUAAGGUGUUCAGUGACCUGGACCAGGUGCGGAUGACCUCGGAGGGCUCUGACUGCCGCUGCAAAUGCAUCAUGCGACCGCUGAGCAAGGAUGCGUGCAGCCGGGUGCGAAGUGGGCGCGCACGAGUCGAGGAUUUCUACACAGUGGAGACACUGAGCUCAGGGGCCGACUGCCGGUGCUCCUGCACCGCCCCGCCCUCCUCACUCAACCCCUGUGAGAACGAGUGGAAGAUGGAGAAACUGAAGAAGCAGGCACCCGAGCUCCUCAAGCUGCAGUCUAUGGUGGAUCUCCUGGAGGGUGCCCUGUACAGCAUGGAUCUGAUGAAAGUACAUGCCUACAUCCAGAAGGUGGCCUCGCAGAUGAAUACGCUGGAGGAGAGCAUCAAGACCAACCUGAGCCUGGAGAACGAGGUGGUGAAAGACAGCGUACGCCACCUCAGCGAGCAACUGAAGAGCUACGAAAACCAGUCAGCCAUCAUGAUGAGCAUCAAGAAGGAGCUGUCUAACCUGGGCCUCCAGUUGCUGCAGAGGGAUGCGGCUGCCAUCCCUGCCACUGCCCCAGCCUCAAGCUCCGACAACAAGGCUCAGGACACAGCUGGAGGGCAAGGUAAAGAGCUCAACAAAUAUGGCGGCAUACAGAAGAGUUUCUCAGACAAGAGCCUCGCAAAGCCUCCCAAGGAGAAGCUGCUGAAGGUGGAGAAGCUGAAGAAGGAGACCAUCAAGGGCAGAAUACCCCACCCCACCGCCAGGCCACGAGCUUUAGCUCAGCAGCAGGCGGUGAUCCGAGGCUUCACCUACUACAAAGCGGGCAGACAGGAGGCCAGACAGGAAGCACCCAAGGCUGCCGCUGACAACACCCUCAAAGGUGCUUCCUGGCUGGAGAAGUUACCACCCAAGAUAGAGGCCAAGCUUCCGGAGCCUAACUCUGGCAAACAUGAUGACAUCAGGCUGCAGGCUUCAGAGGGAGCCAACUUGGCCCCUGAUUUCUCCACUACCACCACCACAACCCCCACUACCACCACCACCACCACCACCACCACUACCACCACCACCACCACCCCAACCCCUAUCACCACUCCCUGGCCCACUGAGCCCCCUUUGCAUCCAGAAGUCCCCAGCCAAGGUCGGCAGGACAGCUGUGAGGGCACGCUCCGAGCUGUGGAUCCCCCUGUGAAGCAUCACAGUUAUGGGCGCCACGAGGGAGCCUGGAUGAAGGACCCUGCAGCUCUAGAUGACAGGAUCUAUGUCACCAACUACUACUACGGAAACAGCCUGGUGGAAUUUCGAAACCUGGAAAAUUUCAAACAAGGCCGAUGGAGUAAUAUGUACAAGCUACCCUACAACUGGAUAGGCACAGGCCACGUUGUGUACCAGGGUGCCUUCUACUACAACCGUGCCUUCACCAAGAAUAUCAUCAAAUAUGACCUGCGCCAGCGCUUCGUGGCCUCCUGGGCCCUGCUGCCCGAUGUGGUCUAUGAGGAUACCACACCCUGGAAGUGGCGUGGCCACUCGGACAUUGACUUUGCUGUGGAUGAGAGUGGCCUGUGGGUCAUCUACCCAGCUGUGGAUGAGCAUGGCGAAACACAGCAUGAGGUGAUUGUGGUGAGCCGCCUGGACCCUGCAGACCUCUCCGUGCACCGGGAGACCACAUGGAAGACGCGGCUGAGGAGGAACUCCUAUGGGAACUGCUUUCUGGUGUGCGGCAUCCUCUACACGGUGGACACUUACAACCAGCACGAAGGCCAAGUGGCCUAUGCGUUCGAUACCCACACCGGCACUGAUGCUUACCCACAGUUGCCCUUCCUCAAUGAAUAUUCCUAUACCACGCAGGUUGACUACAACCCCAAGGAGCGGGUGCUCUAUGCCUGGGACAAUGGCCACCAGCUCACCUACACUCUCCACUUUGUGGUCUGAAUGGGGACCCAUGGUCACAAAGGAGGGCAGCAGAGGAGAAGGGGCUAUCCUUAGCAACCCCUGCAAUUGAUAUAAGUAUCAGUUGGGGGUGUCCUGGGCUAGGUAUUGGCUUUGAUGGCUUUGAGUACUUUCUUAGUGCCCAGUAGGUGACACUUGCACAGCAAUGCUGUGCUAGGAGCUUUUCCUGCGCUUACCCUUUUGACUCUUUCUACUUCUUCCCUUGAAGGCAGAGGUCCUUAAGCCCAUUGAGCAGAUGAAGUGACUAAGGCCCAAAGGAUCAGCAUCCCAGAUGGAGUAGGGCAGGCUACGUCCUCACAGUAGCCACAUUUGACAGAUGAGAUGACCUUGCCACAGUCUUCCCACCUCCAGUCUCCUUCCAGGGCUCUGCAGAGCCUGAGGUCUUUGGGACCUAUGCAGUGGUGUCCUGUAGCUCCAGGCCUCUCCUCUGGUUGAAUGCUGGUAACCUUGAGCUUAGAGCCUCUUGACCUGUGGUUAGCCCCUGUGCUCUCUUGCUCUUCUGUCUAACCACAUUCCAAAAGUUCAUCAUCACAGACACUAAGCAGUAACUGAAGCAAAUGCUGGCCAGGUCCAUGGCCCUCCCUCUGUAGCGACUUCUUGUCCCUAUGUUCCUUGCACAUUUUGCAGCAGAUGGGAAGAUAUAGGCAGCUAAGCUCUGGCAGUGUUGGUGCUGGCCUGAGCUUCCCCCAUUUCAACUCCUCUACCAGAAGUCCUCGCCUUGGCCAUCCACUAGGCCUCGGCUCCUUCCUUAGCCCUUCCCAAAGCCUUGGGCCUGGGGCCUUUUCUGGGCCUUGAAAGCUAUUCUGUUCACACUCAGGGAUUGCUAAGAGUAAGGCCUUUGUCCCCAGAGAGGGUGGCCCCAAGAUCGAACAGGCUCCGUUUCCCUUGUU